UGUCAAGGAGGAGGGAUUGACGCAUGCGCAGUUCAUUACCGGCGACGGCUCGGCUCGAGAAGGCCUAACGAAUAAAGGGAUUAACAGAGCCCAAUUUGACAGGUGCCACAAUGAGUCAGAGUAAAGACAACAAUGUCCGACUCAAGAGCUACAAGAACAAGUCGCUCAACACUGAUGAAAUGAGAAGACGGCGGGAAGAGGAGGGCCUGCAGCUUCGUAAGCAAAAGAAGGAUGAACAGCUGUUCAAAAGGAGAAAUGUUGCCACGGUGGAAGACGAUGGUGGUUCGGUGGACGAUGACGGAAUGGCUGAUAGCGGCUACCUGGAGUCCCAGGUGAACAAUGUGGACCCGCUCACAGGUGGCAAUAUCUCUGAGGAUAUGACUCAGAUGAUCUUCUCCGUUAGUCCUGAGCAGCAACUCAUUGGCACCCAGCGAUUUCGUAAACUUCUUUCUAAAGAGCCCAACCCGCCCAUUGACGAAGUCAUCGCCACUCCGGGCGUUGUGGAGCGCUUUGUAGAGUUUCUGAAGAGGCGAGAAAACUGCACGUUGCAAUUCGAGGCCGCAUGGGUACUGACCAACAUCGCGUCGGGCACCUCACACCAGACCAGGGUUGUCAUCCAAGCCGGCGCCGUACCCAUUUUUAUAGAGAUGCUCGGCUCCGAUUUUGAAGACGUACAAGAGCAGGCUGUUUGGGCUCUGGGCAAUAUAGCGGGAGACAGCACGGAAUGCAGAGACUUUGUCGUCGACUGCAACAUUCUGCCUCCGUUGCUGCAGUUACUGGCCAAACAGACUCGUCUAACAAUGAUGAGGAACGCGGUGUGGGCGCUCUCGAACCUGUGCAGAGGGAAGAAUCCUCCUCCUGACUUUGCAAAGGUUUCCCCGUGUCUCAGCGUGCUUUCUUGGCUGCUGUUCGUCAACGACACGGACAUCAUGGCCGACGCGUGCUGGGCUCUCUCCUACCUCUCGGACGGCCCCAACGACAAAAUCCAGGCUGUCAUCGAUUCGGGGGUUUGUCGCAGGCUGGUGGAGUUACUGGUGCACACUGAUUACAAGGUGGUAUCUCCGGCUCUUCGGGCUGUCGGUAACAUUGUCACCGGUGAUGAUUUUCAGACGCAGGUCAUCCUAAACUGUUCGGCACUGCAGUCCCUGCUCCACUUAUUGAACAGCCCCAAAGAGUCCAUCAAGAAAGAAGCUUGCUGGACCAUUUCUAACAUCACCGCAGGGAACAGAGCGCAAAUACAGAUGGUGAUUGAUGCGAACCUGCUGCCGCCUCUCAUCAACAUCCUGCAAGUGGCAGAGUUCCGCACAAGAAAGGAGGCGGCAUGGGCAAUAACCAACGCCACCUCGGGGGGUUCUGCAGAGCAGAUCAGGCACCUGGUGGACCUGGGCUGCAUAAAACCCCUGUGUGAUUUGCUGACUCUGAUGGAUUCUAAAAUCGUGCAAGUGGCCCUCAACGGCAUCGAGAACAUUCUGCGGCUAGGCGAGUUGGAGGCCAAGCGGGGGGGCAACAUCAACCCCUAUUGCGCACUCAUCGAGGAGGCCUAUGGUCUGGACAAGCUGGAGUUCCUGCAGGGCCACGAGAACCAGGACAUCUACCAGAAAGCGUACGACCUGAUCGAGCGCUACUUCAACACGGAAGACGAAGACACGUCGCUGGUGCCCGCCGUGGACCUGCAGCAGCAGCAGUUCCUCUUCCAGCAGUGCGAGGCGCCGAUGGAAGGCUUCCAGCUAUAAUCCUUCUCCGGCCUUUGUGAAGCUCACCUUUUCAUCCUCCCAGAGACGUUAACUUGCUACUUGAGCAAACGAACGAAUGUGUCAACUCACUUCGACACUGGACUGACAAAGAGACCAUACUUUGACCUGUACUUCACUGAGAAAAGGCACUUCAGACGGGUUCUCAGCCAAUUCGUGGACAAACUAGGAAUUUGACUGUGUCGCUGAGCUUCCACAUCACCCUCUUUCGGACGGUCUCGAAUGGAAAUAUUCUCAAUGCAGUCUUCCCUCAAUCAGAAGUCUGGAAACUGUCCAGUGGAUUUUCCCUCCUUCACAAUCAUUUCGUUUUCACAGCACUUUAUCUUUUGAGGACCGACGCCUGUUCGUGUAAACACAUUUGAACAUUCAACCGGUGCGUCCCCGUGACUUCCUCGCCACCCGGCAAAGAGAGACGCUGGCAUGUCGUGGACUAAAAUCAGACUGAGAAUUUGGAGUUGAAACACAGUGUUUUCUUUUUUUUUAAUGAUCACGCCAAAUAUUUCAGUCAAAAAUGCUCUUUUGGCAGGUCUGAAUCCGCUCGGUGUGGUGCCAUAAAUCUCCUGAAAUCUAGAUCUUUUCAGAAACUUGAAAAAUGAAAAGAAUGUUUACCUCUAUAGACGUUUGCUUACUUUAUAUAUUUUGAUGGCCGUAUUUGUUUGUCCGCCAUGUUGGAGCUCAAGAGCUGGCACCUAUUAAAGGGAGAGACAGCGAGAACUAAAAGUGUUUUUUGCCAUGUGGCAUUUUUUGGGGGGUAUUUGGCGAAAUGGAUUUUGCCAUAUGGCACUUUUUUUCCCAUGUGGCAAAAUGGAUUUUGCUAUGUGGCUUUUUUUUUUUUUUGCAUUGCAUUAGGUGAAAUGUUUUUUGCCAUGUGGCAAAAUGGAUUUUGCUAUGAGGAUUUUUUUUUGCCAUGUUUGAUUUUGCCAUGUGGCAUUUUUUGGGGGGUAUUUGGCGAAAUGGAUUUUGCCAUGUGCCAUUUUUUUUUUCUUUUGUAUUUGGCGAAAUGGAUUUUGCCAUGUGACACUUCUUUUUUUUGCCAUGUGGCAAAAUGGAUUUUGCUAUGAGGCAUUUUUUUUGCCCUGUGGCAAAUUUUGCCAUGUGGCUUUUUUUUUUUGACAUGUGACAGAAUGAAUUUUGCCAUGUGGCAUUUUUUUUGCUGUGUAGAAAAUUUGAACGUGCAUAGCCGUCAAUGGCAUGGCAUUCACCCCCCCUCCCCCCCCCCCCCCCCCAAAAUGCUGCACACCAAAAUCCAUUUUGCCACAUGUCAAAAUACAUUUUGCCACCUGACAAAAAUAUGCCACAUGGCAAAAUUUUGCCACAUAGUAAUAAAAAAAAAAAGCCACAUGGCAAAAAUAAUGCCACGUGGCAAAAUACAUUUUGCCACAUGACAAAAUUUGGCCACAUGGCAAAAAUAUGCUACAUGGUAGAAUCAAUUUUGCCACAUGUCAAAAUCAAUUUUACCACAUGGCAAAAUAAGUCACAUGGCAAAAAUGCCAAGUUGCAUGCAAAUACCACUUUUCGUUCUCGGCCCUGCUGAUUAAAGGCUCACUGGUCUAAGACCCAAUUGUGGGUCAUUUCCUCUCUUACCAUAAUAACGGCAAUCUCAUCAUUUUUGUCAUCGCUAAAGGUUAGAGGAGCAAUAUGUCAGAUUGGUGGGCAAAAAUGGUACUGCAACCAAGAUGAAACUAAUGUACCCGCAAGCACACAUAGUUGUAGUGCAAAUAACCAUAGUUGAGUACAAUUAAAUACACGUUCUUGUAGUAUAAAUGUACUUGUAGACCACGAAAAGUCCUCAAGCUGAAAGUGUUGGAACUUAGUAAUUGCUCCUUUUGAAAAGUGCAGCGAUUUUUGUAGGUUGGCUGCAGCUUGGUCAUACGGUCAAAUGUCUCUAUUAGCACCGUAACAACCAGUCAUGUCUGGACCUCCAACAUGGUGUAUUGCAUGCAGGUGUUUCCAGAAGCGUGUCGUGGGAAAAGUAUUUUAAUAGGAAACGGGCUUUAAAGAACAACGAUGGAUAAACACUAUUGUAUUGAGUUUGUGCGACCCUCUCCUGACUUUUGUAUAAAAAGGAAUCCAGUGACCUAUCAAUUGUAGCACCAGUCAUUACAAUCUACUCAAAUCAUGACAAACUUUGACCAGACCUGUAUUUGCCAUGUUUUUACUAUGUACAGACAUUAACAUGGUUGAAAACUGUGCCGUGUCAUUGAAAAGCAUAAAGGUCCUAAUCUUCGUUUACAGAGGUGUGGCGAGCUGGAUGAAGAACAUAUCUCGUAAUUGAUGGAAGGCGGGACAUUCGUUGUAAAGACAGAAUCAAAAACCCUUUUACUGCUGACAAUAGUCUUUUAUAAUGGGGAAAAUGUCAGCUGAACCAUUGAGAAGCAUGUUCGAAGUAUUUCCCGAAUAUAUUAGGGCUAUAUCGUGAAUCAUUGAAGUGCAAAAGUGCCGCUUUAACAUUUAUCUGCUAUAAUCGAACUUGAAACUAAGGCCUGAAAUAUCGGUUGCUGUGUGCGGUGGACUCGUACAACAUAGAUUCAGUUUUUGAAACUAGUUUUUUGGCACUUGUAUACAAAGCAAAAGGCAAUUUUACGUGACAUUUGUACCAUU